AUGCAGAUUCACUGUGCAGUCAACCCAGCUACAUCUCCUGACACAGUAGCUCUUCUCUCUCCAGCCAUGGCUUCGUCCAGCUUUGACCCUUUCUUCCCUUCCAGGUCCACGAGGAGAACAACUGUGCGCAGUGCAGGUUAUGGAGCCGGAGGAGGAAUUGGAUCUCGGUCUGCAUUCUCCACUUACUCUGCACCAAUAAGCUCUCAUGCAUUAUCAAGAAGAAGUUAUCCAACGUACACUCGAUCUUUUUCAAGUUACUCCAAAGUUCUUGCCUCUCCGGGGUCUGCAGCAGCCACAGAGUUACGCCUGGACCAAGCAGCUCAAGUCAGCUCUGAGUUCAAAGUUUUAAGGACCCAGGAAAAGGCUGAGCUUCAGAACCUGAACGACCGCUUCGUAAGCUUCAUCGAGAGGGUCCAUGAGUUGGAGCAGCAGAACAAGUUGCUGGAGACCGAGCUGCUGCUGCUCAGGCAGAGGCAGGCUGAGCCUUCCAAUCUCCAGGCCCUGUACGAGCAUGAAAUCCGCCAGCUACGUGCUGCUGUCGAAGAGGCCCGCCAUGAGAAGCAAGCGACCCAGGACCACAGGGAUGAGAUGGAGAAUGUGUUGAAGGACCUGCAGAAGAGCUAUGAGAACGAAGCCCUCGGCAGAGAAGAUGCAGAGGGUCGACUCAUGGAUGCCAGGAAGGAUGCGGAUGAUGCUGCCAUGUGCCAGGCCGAGCUGGACAAGAGAGUCGGCACCCUUCUGGAUGAGCUGACCUUCCUGAAGCGGCUCCACGAAAGCGAAAUCAAAGAGCUGCAGGCCCAAAUACAAUAUAGCGCAGAUGUGUCAGUGGAGAUGGAGAUCUCCAAACCAGACCUUUCCGCUGCACUUCGUGAGAUCCGAGGGCAGUAUGAGACGGUGGCGCAACGCAACAUCCAAUCUGCCGAAGAAUGGUUCUGCGACAAGAUGAAUGUGAUGACCGUGGGCUCUGCACGCAACACGGAGAGCGCACGCCAGUCCAAGGAUGAAGCUGCAGAGUACCGCCGGCUACUCAAGGAAAGAACGAUGGAGAUUGACGCCUGUCGUGACAUUAACCAAUCUCUUGAAAACCAACUGCAGGAAGUGGAGGAGAAGCAGAGCGCUGAGAUCUCUGCAUUCCAGGAUACAAUAGGCCAACUGGAGGAGGACUUGAGGAAAAACAAGAAUGACAUGGCUCGCUACCUAAAAGACUAUCAAGACCUUUUGAAUGUGAAGAUGUUAUUGGAUAUUGAAAUUGCAGCAUACAGGAAACUCCUGGAAGGAGAGGAGAAUCGUCUGAACGUGGCAGGACCCGGAUCUCUUUACUCUCAAACCACGUACGCCGCCCCUUCCUUCGCAAGAACGCAGUUCUCCGUGCAGCCUCAGUUCAGCUCCGGAGCUCCUUACCUGCUGAGCUCCCGCUUGUACUCUUCAAUGCUCUCCACAGAGGAGGUAAUAUCCGCAAGCCAAGCGCAGCAGGCGGAGGCCAGCCCCACUCAGGCCGAGGGAGAGGACCAGGUGGAAGAAAAGGAGGAGGAAGAGGAGGAGGAUGGAAAGGAGGAAGAGGUGGAGGAUGAGCAGGAUGAAGAGGGAGAGGAUGAGGAAAUAAAGGAGGAGGAAAAGCAAGAGGAGGAAGAAGAAGAGGAGGAAGAAGAAGAAAAACAAGCAGGGGAUGAGGAUGAACAUGAAGACGGUGAAGCAGAGGAUGGAGACGAUGGGGGAGAAGGAGGAGAAGAGACCCAGCCUGAAGAGGAGAAAACUAACGAGCAGAAGGAAGAAGAUGGCGAUGAAGCGGAAGCAGAGGAACCGGCGGAAGCUGAAGAGAAAUCUGGCAAAACUCCUGCUAAAAAAGUUUAGAGUUAAACAUCACUUCUCUGGUGCUCAAUAUGCAAAAAUAAUUCAGUCAAAGCAAAUGCAAAUCUCUUGAAUUCUGAAGUGUCGUUGAACGCAGCAUGUAUGAUGCACCUGAGAAGCUAAACUGCAUGUAUGGACCCCGAGUUCACCGUAACAGCAAGGAAGCUAGCUAGACCCAUCACGAAGACAGCAGGCGUCAUGAUCAUGAAAAUGAACUUCUAAUUUGCAGAGAUUUGUUUGCAGGUGCUUUACUGUCACUCAAGUGCUCGAUUGUGCUUGUACAAGUAUCUAUGUGCAAUAGCCAGUUUGAAAUGCCUUACUCCAAUCCUCUACUGACUACUGUGAGUCAAUGAUGUGCUGUACUGAACGCCAAUAAACGCCAAAGCCUCG